AUGACUCCAACACCCCUUCUUCUCCUUUCGACCAUUGGAGUAUUGGGUGCUUUCGUAUGUGAAGCCUUUGUUCCAUCGCCCCUUCCCCAGGGGUCGACAACUCAAGUGAAUGGUUUUCUGGACAAUUUGAUGACCGCGACACAGUCGACGCCCAAGGUUUCUCUUCCUGCUGAUUUUGUGGUACCCGAACCAAAACCACUGUCUAUUUCGGAAAAGACGGAUAUUGUUGAAUUUGCCAAGUCGUCGGCUGCGUUUGUUGCAAGACUUGGAACUGGAGCUUUCACACUUGGAUGGAAAAUUGAUUCCAUUUUCUUCAAAGACGACGACUCGUAUAGUCUCAAGCUUGGCCCCUUUUCCAUUCGCGAUUCGAGUACUGUGCUUCAAGAUGCUCCUCGUCCAAACGAAGCGUUGAUCCUUUACGAGUAUGAUGCAUCACCAUACUGCAAACGUGUCCGAGAAAUGAUCAAUCUGCUUGACUUGACCGUGGAAUACCGACCCUGUCCAGGUGCCCGACAGGGCAAGUUUUCGCAAGAGUUGUCGGAACGUACUGGUCGACAGACAGUGCCCUACUUGAUCGAUCCCAACACUGGAGUUGAAAUGUUUGAGAGUUCUGAUCAGAUCGAGUACCUCCUAAAUACCUACGGUCCGUCUGAAGAUUUGUUCGAUCGCAAAGCGCUCUGGCCCAUCACUUUUGAAGCCUUCUCAAUCUUUACUUCCACAGUAGUAGCAAUUCUCAAGGGCAUUCCUGGUGGAAAAAGACAACCCAAUGCUCGGCCGGAUAAUGAACAAAUGAAGCCGAUUGAGUUGUGGGGAUAUGAGUCGUCACCCUUCGUCCGUCCAGUCCGAGAAAAGUUGGGUGCCUUGUGCCUACCACAUAAGAUGGUAAGCUGCCCUCGUGGCUCUGCGAAUCGUGACAAGAUGGUUCAAAAGACCGGACGAUUCCAAGUACCCUUCAUCGUUGACCCUAAUACCGGUAUUGAGAUGUUUGAAAGUGCUGAGAUUGUUGACUAUCUAGAAAAGGUGUACACGCAAUCAUAG